AGCCAAUCAGACAUUAGCUGUUUGGAUUUAUGCCAGGGUUUUUAGGCUUGUAAGACUUUAGUACUUGUGGCAAAAGUUUUUUUUUUGAAAGAAAAAGCCAACUGAGACGAGAUGCCCUACACACCGUCUGGCUUUUUCUGCGACCGGCUGAUCCGGGAACGAGAGAGGAGGGACGGGGAAGGGUCUCUGAACAAGCCGCUCCGCUUCAACGGCCAGGACUUCAGCGUCCUGAGACAGGAGUGCGUUCAGAGGAAGAACCCGUUCGAGGAUGAGUCUUUCCCGGCCACCGUGGAGUCUCUGGGCUUCAAAGAGCUCGGACACAAGUCCAACAAGGUCAAGAACAUCGUCUGGAAGAGGCCCAAGGAAAUCUGCGAGAACCCUCAGUUCAUUGUCGGAGGAGCCAGUAGGACGGACAUCUGCCAGGGGGAUCUGGGUGACUGCUGGUUGUUGGCCGCCAUCGCCUGUCUCACCCUAAACGAGAAGCUCCUCUAUCGUGUUGUUCCCCAGGAGCAAAGCUUCUCUGAAGGCUACGCCGGCAUCUUCCACUUCCAGUUCUGGCGCUAUGGCGACUGGGUCGAUGUCGUCAUUGACGACCGCAUCCCAACUUUCAACAACCAGCUGGUCUUCACCAAGUCGGCCGAGAGGAACGAGUUCUGGAGCGCGCUGCUGGAGAAGGCCUACGCCAAACUUCACGGCUCCUACGAGGCCCUGAAGGGUGGAAACACCACCGAGGCCAUGGAGGACUUCACCGGUGGAGUCACUGAGUUCUACGAGAUGAAGGAAGCUCCUAAAGAGCUCUACAAGAUCAUGAAGAAGGCUCUGGAGAGAGGCUCCCUGAUGGGCUGCUCCAUCGAUUCCCUGGUUCCUGCUCGCUUCGAGACUCGGACUGUGACGGGUCUUGUGAAGGGUCACGCCUACUCUGUGACGGCGGUGGAGGAGUGUAAAUCGACUCAGCACAAGGACUCUAAAGUUCGUCUGGUGCGUCUCAGGAACCCGUGGGGUCAAGUGGAGUGGAACGGCCCCUGGAGUGACAACUCUAAGGAGUGGGCCACGCUGUCUAAGACUGAAAAGGAGAAGCUGCAGCACCAGAGCGCAGAGGACGGAGAGUUCUGGAUGUCAUUCGAGGAUUUCAAGAAGAACUACACCAAGAUUGAGAUCUGCAACCUCACCCCUGAUGCCCUGGAGGACGAUAAGAUCCACAAGUGGACGGUUUCUGUGAACGAGGGCCGCUGGGUGAGAGGCUGCUCCGCCGGAGGCUGCAGGAACUAUCCAGACACUUUCUGGACCAACCCUCAGUACCGCCUGCGUCUGCUGGAGGAGGACGACGAUCCCGAGGACAACGAGGUGAGCUGCACCUUCGUGGUGGCUCUGAUGCAGAAGAACAGGCGGAAAGAGCGCAAGAUGGGCGCCAACCUCUUCACCAUCGGAUUCGCUAUUUAUGAGGUGCCAAAGGAGAUGCAUGGGAACAAGCAGCACAUGCAGAAAGACUUCUUCCUCUUCAACUCCUCCAAGGCCCGCUGCAAGUCCUACAUCAACCUGCGUGAGGUGACCCAGCGCUUCCGCCUGAGCCCCGGGGAGUACGUCAUCGUGCCCUCCACGUACGAGCCGCACCAGGAGGGGGAGUUCAUCCUGCGAGUCUUCUCUGAGAAGAAGAACACCUCAGAGUGA